GAAAAUAUCGAUUCAUUUACGUGAGCAACCGCUAUCGACUUUGUUGCCGUCUUCAACUCAAAAAUGUAUCAGAUCCGCCUCCUUUCAUCAUCUUUAACUGUAAGACAAGAAAAAUGUCCAGUCUUUUUUGAUAACAAUUUAACCAUUUGUAAGGUAUGUUCCACAAACAACGUCGCAAUGCAGGGCCACUCGAUAGCGGAGAUUUCCACCAAUGAGGAGUUUGAAAAAAACAUACAAAAUUAUACCCCUUUCUCCACUUUUAUUCUAUUUCAGUUUUCUUUCUUAGAGUAAUGACAGCAACUACGACAGCUAUGCCCACUACAACUGAUAAACCCGAAGACAUUCAAGUAUUUGAGGCGUUUAAUAAAUAUCCUUGGGAGUCGGAUAAUGUAUUUCAACAAGGCCUUGAGAGUAUCUUGAAUCAAUUGAACAUAUUGGACCAAAAGGAAUCUGAUAAGGAGGAGAAAGAUUUAGAAUUGUAUCAAGACCUCCAACUAUUAAAAGCAAAGCACUUUUAUUUUACAAGAUUUCAACAACAAUUUGAUCUAGAACAGUACUUAACAUACGAGACAGAGAAGGCGGAUUUAAAGAAAACAGAACCAAAGCCAAGUGAAGAGGAUCAAGAAAAUUUAUUUCAACGACUGGAAAAUUACGACUACGAAAAUGAUGUGGAAUAUUCAAAAGGUCUACCAAAUAUUAUCAAAGGAUGGAUAGCACAGCAAUCUAAAACCGGCUUAUGGGAUAAAGAGAAAUUGGAUACUGAAUUCGCAAAGACAAAGGCAUUUUUCUACAAUGCUCGUGUCGAAAAAGUGGAUCUACUCUCUUAUUUCAAAUGGAGAGCAAAGAGAGAACAAGCUAAUGCUCCUGCUUGUCCAUUUGCUAAUCUAUGGCAAAACAAACUAAGCGCCGGUCCCACAGAUCAAACAAACAGUGCAACCUUCGUUAUCGUGGAAAAACCCAAAGAACAGCGCUUUGGCCCUGCACUACUGACUCUAUCCUCACCAAAGAGUAAAAAUCUGUUUUCGCUUGAUCGGUUGGAGGAGUUGUCAACUGCAUUACAAGAAGUCGAAAAGGAUGAUCGAGUAACAGCAAUUUUCAUCAACGCUAGAGUUGCUGAUGACGGUGCGAUGGAUCCAUUCGUCGGUGAACGUAUGAUUGAAACGAAGGAUACAAAAGUCUGGAGCAAUGGUUUAGCUUAUGAGGAAACGUCAAAAAUGGUAGCAGGAGCUGACUUACGCCAGGUUUCAUUGUGCAAAUUAGCAUCACAAUAUUAUGACAACGUGCGUUCUUUCCUCAGUCAAAAACAGCAAAGACAACCAGAAGUAAACCAGAACGAUGCUAGUGAUCUUGAAAACAAAACUGAGGAAGAGAAAGAAAAAGCAGAAGCAGAACAAAGCAAAGGACUUAGCGCAGACAGAAAGAAUAAGCCAAUCAUUACCUUUUGUAAUGGAGAGAUAUUUACAAGCGCUGCUUAUCUUUCCCUUGGUCCUGGUUUGAUGCGUGUUAUCACUGAGUUUACUUUGCUUAACUUCACAUUGCAAUUAUCGCACGCACCCAUGCCUCCUCUUCUGUUAUUGGCUGUGGCACGCGCACGUGCAAAGGCUUUGGCAGCAACACAUAACUCAAACGAAAAGAUGCUCAUAGCAGGCCUAGAGCUAUAUCUUGCUCUUGCAGCACCUGCAUAUGGUAAAUUAAGAGGACCAGAAUUGUUACGACUUGGUUUUGCAGAUGCAUUCGUUCCUGAAGCUAAAUUGAAAGAUGCAAUCGACACUGCCAAGAAGCUGGCUGUUUGCCCUGUCGGGGAUGGAGAUGAAACCACAGUCGCUGCUGUUCAAUUGGCAUUGGCCAUUCAUCAUACGUAUCCAGGUCCUGAUCGCAUGCAGGUUUGGAAAGACCAAAUUGAAUCUACCUUUGGAAAAGCUGAAUCUUUUGAUGAUCUGAGAUUAAAACUAGAAGAAAUCGAUAGUCUGUGGAGUAAGAAUCUUCUGGCCUAUUGGAAUACCUUACCACCUCUUCUUUUGAAUGUUGUUUACGAAGCAGUGAACAAGACAGCCUCCCUCAAUCCCUUAGAGAUACUAGAUUUAGAACAGAAGUUGAAUGCUAAAUGGUGCGAAACAGACGAUUAUAAGACCUGGCUCAAACACAAGUCUUCACAAGAUCAAAGCACACCUCCAAGUUGGAUUGUGGAUAAAGAGCAGGUUAGCACAAUGGUCAAAUUAUUCUUUGAAGGCCCAUCAAAAGUGGAGGGUAUAACAGUCGAGCCAGUCAUCUACAAAGCCCCUCAAGAGGCUGUCGAAGAGAACAAAAUACCGUCCGGUAUAUGUCCUGUUACUGGUCAAGCAGCAGCGAAUGAAGCGGUCUGCCCAGUUACUGGACAAAAAGGGGGCUCCUUUGCUCCAUCCAUUAGUACUGCUAGUGUAUGUCCUGUAACUGGUCAAGUAGCGGUUAAUGAAGCGGUCUGCCCAGUUACUGGACAAAAAGGGGGCUCCAUUAGUGCUGCUAAUGUAUGCCCUGUGACUAGUCAUGCUCUCUCUAGCGCUAGUUCACAAGAUAAUGCCGCUUCAGAGCCUCUAUAAGUAUGACAGCGCUUGUCCAUUUGCUGAAGCAAAAGCCUCAAUAGACCGAAACUGUCUGUGAAAAAGCGAGAAUUCAUCCAAAUAUAACCAACUGGAAAGUAUAGACGCUCAUACAUUGCCUACUUGACCUUCCCUGUUGCACAAGUUUAUACCUCCUAAUCUAAUAAAAUUUAUUAAUACUUAUUGCCCAUGCAUGACUAAAGUAAACAAAGUGUUAAACAGAUGGACUUUCGUGCCUCUUGUAGAAUCAUCUAAAACACCAUAACAAAAGCUUACAGUG